AUGCUACCAACCAUGUCCUCGUCAACAAAUUUCUCAUUUCUCGUAGCUUUAUCCCUGUUUUGUAUGGCUUUUGCUGCCGAAGAAACCACAUGUCGCUUUGAUUACAUUUACCAGUUCGGUGAUUCACUUGCAGAUACAGGUAACCGGAUUCGUCAGGUUGGUGUACCUUCUGUUUUCAACAUUUCCAGUUUGCCUUAUGGUAUGACAUACUUCCAUAAGCCCACAGGUCGAUUCUCCAAUGGCCUUCUUGUGAUUGAUUUCAUUGCGAAAGCGCUUCAUCUCCCACUGCUCCAUCCAUACCUGGAAACAAAUGCUUCAUUUAGUCAUGGAGUCAACUUUGCAGUAGGUGGAAGCACAGCUCUUGUUAAUUCUUUUUUUGCUAAAAGAAAUAUUUCUGUACCCUCAAAAAACAUUCCCCUUAGCCAGCAGGUGAAAUGGUUCAAGAAACAUCUUAGUUCAGUGUCAAAUAGUCGAUCUCAAAUCAAGAAAAGGUUAAAAAGAGCUCUGAUCAUGAUGGGAGAGAUAGGUGGGAAUGAUUUCAACAGUAUUUUCUCUCAAGGCAAGUCCCUAAAGGAGAGCAGGGUGUAUGUGCCACCUGUUGUUAAAGCCAUAUGCAAUGCUGUAAGAGAAGUUAUUCAAUUUGGGGCUGUUCAUGUAGUAGUUCCAGGAAACUUCCCAGCUGGAUGCUUGCCUAAAGCUCUGGCUUCAUUUUCUAGUGCUGACCCUAAAGCUUAUGAUGAUUAUGGUUGUUUGACAGAAUCCAACAAGUUUGCUUUGCUCUUUAACAGAUAUCUUCAGAAAGCUCUAGCAUCCCUAAGACUUGAAUUUCCAAAUGCUGAUAUCCGUUAUUUUGACUACUACAAGGCCUUUGAAUAUGUUCUUCAAAAUGCUAGGUAUCUUGGUUUUGACCAAAGAUCACUGCUCAAAGCAUGUUGUGGAACUGGCGAGAAGUAUAACUUCAAUAGUACAAAGGUUUGUGGGUCACCAGGAGUAAAAGCUUGCCAUAACCCAGAAAAGUUUAUAAAUUGGGAUGGAGUGCAUCUGACACAAGCAACAUACCAUUAUAUUUCUGAACAUCUUAUUAGAGAUGUCUUGUCUGAAAUGAAGUGUCUGCCUUAA